AUCAAGAAGCGGUGAUGUGAUGAGUACGUUGGCAUUUCGUUUAAUCAAGGAUUUUUUUUAUUUACCUUUAAAAGAAGGUAGCGACUAUGAAAUAAACCAGUACGCGAAUUAAACGAACGUUGUGAUGAAAUGCGUGAUCGUCGGUAAGCAUUUACGACGUUCUUUAUGUAACAUGUAAUUUAUUUAAAGCAUUUUCUUAGUCGAAAUAAAAUUGCCAUAAAUCGCUAUGUCGGGACAUAAUGCGUUAGAUGACGUUGAAACUGACAGGAGUCAACUUGCAAAGAAGAUUAUAAGUGCAGCAUUUUACGCCCUGUCUUCGUUUAUGAUAACGGUUGUCAAUAAAACAGUGUUAACGACCUAUGCCUUUCCGUCUUACCAAGUUCUAGGAUUGGGUCAAAUGCUGGCAACGAUUUUAGUAUUAUGGUGUGGGCGAUAUUUACGCAUCGUUCAAUUUCCGCCACUAGAUACCGGCGUCGCCCGACGUAUUUGGCCUCUUCCUCUCAUUUACAUGGGAAACAUGGCAACAGGACUGGGAGGCACUAAAGAACUUAGUCUGCCAAUGUUCACAGCUCUUCGUCGAUUUAGCAUAUUAAUGACGAUGCUACUAGAGAGACUGGUACUUGGAGUAAGAGCAUCAUGGUUGGUGCAAACCAGUGUGCUAGCUAUGGUGGGUGGGGCACUGAUGGCGGCGGCGGAUGAUGUAACAUUUUCAUAUACAGGCUACACACUGGUACUACUGAACGACGCAUUUACAGCAGCAAAUGGAGUUUACAUGAAGAAGAAAUUAGAGUCCAAAGAGCUUGGAAAGUACGGUCUGAUGUAUUACAAUGCUCUUUUUAUGAUAUUUCCUGCUGGCUUAUUGGCGUGGCGGACAGGGGACCUGGAGCAUUCUGCGGCUUACCCUAACUGGGGGAAUGCACUGUUCCUAGUGCAGUUCUUGAUGUCGUGCGUGAUGGGCUUUGUGUUGUCAUACAGUGUGAUGUUGUGCACCCAAUACAACAGUGCCUUAACUACAACUAUCAUUGGAUGUCUUAAAAAUAUACUUGUCACAUAUCUAGGUAUGGUUAUUGGAGGUGACUAUGUAUAUUCCUUUCUUAAUUUUGUUGGAUUAAAUAUAAGUGUGUUAGCAAGUCUCCUCUAUACUUAUGUUACAUUCAAAAGAAAGCCGCCCACAUCACAUUUGUUGUUAAAUGAGGCAAAUGCUAAAGUUGACACUGUGUAACUGCAGUUUACUGACAUUGUAACUGCUUUCGCAUGGCACCAAAGAGAACAUUUUAUUUUUACUUAUAUUUAUACAUUUACUUAUACAUUACGGUGGCAUUUUACAAUUCAUUAAUAUUUUAAAUAUACAUUUACAAUUUAUAUAUAUAUAUUAUAUAAUUUAAUAGUAUAUUUUUCAAAAGCUUUUAAGUUGUUGUAAAUUUAAAUAUAGUUGUAAGUGUGGUAGGUGGUGGUUGCUCUACACAAUAUACAUCUACAUCAUUAUAAAUAUAUACAUAUGUAUAUAUAUUUAUUUAGCAGCAUUGCUCUAUUCAGAUAUCAGUAGUUCAUGAUAUAAUGAACAAGUUUACUUUAUCUUAGCAAGUAAAUAAAUAUAGUGAAAAUAAUGAGUUCAAAUUUUACAUUUUGUUGUUUGCAAUAAAACUUUGUAAUGUUAUUUAUCAUGUGUAUGUGUUGUUUGUGUUUGUGUGUUUAUGUGUAAGAAAGAAAUAUUGUAUGUACACCAUUGCAUAAAUAUGAUGCCAUGUUUGUAUUUCUUCUGCAGUUUCUAUCUAAUAUUCAGGUCAGGUGUUAUAAUGAUAGUAUUGACAAAAUUCUGUAGGGAAUUUUUACACAUUAUUGUGAAAGUCCGAAAAGUUAUAUUAUCUUGUUGAUAUUUGCUUGAGCAUUUACAACAUGCACUUUGUUACUUUCAAGAUACAAUCAUGUCACUUGAUUUUACAGUGUGCAAAGUUUACAGUGUAUUUGUGUUAAUCUUACCAUAUAUUAAGUGAUGCAUUCAAAUAUGCUGGCAAAUCAUAGAAAUAUGAAAAACAAAUAAUGACUUUCGUCAUAAGUGGUAGGUAAAUGUUUGACGGCGUGUUUUAGCACUGGUAAAUGAUAGGAGUGUCGUAGUUCCGCUCUUUUCCUUACAUAAUAACAUUUAAAGUGUCAUUAACUAUUUCUAUGAUAAGAUAUCAAAUAAACUUUUAGAGAGACCGACAAAAGACAUUGGAAAAUAAAACAAUCCAUGUUGAAUGUUGUAUAAAUGUAAAACAUUUGAAACAUAAGUACUUAAUGGUAAAUUGUGAUUGGCAAUAUAUGUACGCGAUAAAGUACUCGACACAUUAACAGCACCAACAAAACUAACAACAAGUGAUAACAACUUAAAUACGUUCAAAACAGUUACUUAUAUCAUAUUCAUUGUAAUUGUGAAACUUUAUGAUAAGCCAGCGACAGGCACAGUUAGGACAGGCAGGGCCGGCUGUCUCGGUAGACCUGUCACUUCGCGCACAACUCCAGGGCCCCUGUCGUUACUCUCAUCAGAGUUCAUAAUUAAUGCAUUCAUAUAUUUCUAAUAAAGAAAUGCAAUAUUUAGUAAUUUAGCUUUAUUAUAAGUAAUAGAUAAAACUUGAAUAGAUCUAUAUUUUUUAAUAUUGUAGAAUGCAGUAAUUUGCGUAACGCAUGAAUAUGUAAUCAUCGUAUUUUUAAAUAUUAUAAAAUUUUACACUUUUAGCGAACUCUGUGAUUUUGAUGGUAUAAAACAUGUUCUACUGCCAUUAGACGUCACUAAAAGACAAUUUACAUCUUGAUUAGUUCGUGGCUAUGUAUAAUAUAAUACGAGCAAGCACGGGUAUAUAUGUUCUUUGUUAAAAUAUAUCAGCUGGGCAAUGCAAUGUAAACAAACACGAUAACGUAAUGGACGCCGCUACUCGCCUCGAGCAUGGAGCACGCUUAUAUUUACAUUUUGUAAUUCUCUGAUGUUUAAGAAGAACAUUCUCAGCUUGCACUCGAAACAAUAAUGAGGUGUACCGCUCAAGUUAUAGGUGACGUCAGAUAUUAACACACCAGUGAGAUGUUAUUUAAGAAGCAAUAUUGCCAAAUGACUUGUGUGUGCCUUACACGUUCUAUUCUUACCUAAUGCCGUAAACACGUUUAAUUAUUUUUCAAAAGUUUAUGGAGAUCGUAAGGUCGAAUUCACUGUUUAAUUAUCCUCGUUGAGUUCGCCCUUGCGCAAUUUAGCUUCACCUAGCUUGUAAAUGUUCAGUUGUAUUGUAUGUAACAUUCUUAUAUUUGAUUCGUUUUAUUUCUAUAGCAAUUAAUAGAAACGUAAAAACGUAAAGUCCUUGUGGUAUUUUGUCAAUGUCUGCAAACACAUAUCGCCUAGUUUUAAUUUUGUACUAAAUGCAAUCUGCCCUUAAUGAUAUCGUUUUCCUGACCGAUAUACUGUCAUUUCUCUGCCCGUUAUUUAAAUGUUUCUCUUAAUUGAAAUCUCGCCUUUACAUUCAUUAAAUAACUAACUAACUUCACGCCGCGCCGACUCGGUGACAGGCUCUAUUGAUGUCACAUUCCAGUCCAAAGCGCCACGGUGAUAUCCUUCUUUGUUCGUGAAAAAAGGUUAUAAAUUGUUGCUACUAGAUAUAACCGCACUCAUUUACUUUUACUGUGUAAUUAAGCAAUAAUUAUAUAUAUAUAUUUAAAUAUUGUAAGUGUUUUAUAUACGCAUGUCGAAUACGCACAUUAUUACUUAAAUAAAAUACUUAGAGGCGUAAAUUAUAUUCUUGUAUACACAAUUAAGUGAACAUCUAAUGUUAUUAUUCAAAUUCAUUAUCAUAAGAUAAUUAGAUGUAUAAGAACAAUUUAAUUAUUUAAUGUUAAAAUUAAUGUUUUCAUGAAUAGUUAGGUGCGAGUUGCCGCGGCUUUACACUACCAUAAAACUCAGUCUCGAUACAAGCUUUCUUUAAAUCUACGUUCGCAUUGUCCAAUCGAUCGAAAUAAUAACAGAACAUUUGUCGAGUGUUCUAUAUAACGACUGUAUUUUAUAUAAUAAAUUGUAAACGGCAGUGCGAACGUCAUUUCUAAACUGAAUGUUCAUUUUCUAAAUGAACACGGAAGGCCGUGUAAACCCCCGAACCAAAGCAUGUUAAGUUUCACAUUUGUUUUAUAUCUGAUUUGAAUUUAAUUUUGUAAAACAUGUCAGUAAAAAUAUAAAUCCAUUUGGCUUCGUUCCGGUCGCUUGUGCUGGCGGUAUUUAUAAUACAUUAAAGCUACAUUAACUAUAUAUUGAAACACUGGAAUAAAAACAAAAUACAAAUACUUUCACAACUCUGUUAUUUACUGCGUGCAAAAUGUGACUGCCACUUUUUGUCAACUUAUCGAGGGCAUCGUAAUAAUUGUUACUGGCUUUUGUUCCCUUUGAAGGAGCCAACUAUUCUGUGAACGGAAAGCCGCCAGCACACGGCGCUGUAUAUAUUAUAUAUAUAAUAUAAAUUUCGUUUAUGCAAACACAAUAUCAAUCAUCUCGCGUUGGCGGUGGCAACCUUCAAGCAUAUUAUUCAAUUGUCGGCGAGCAAUCAUCAACGUGUAUAGUAUUGGUACUAAUAGUAGGUGAAGCAAUGCUAGUGCGAUACGUUCUUAACGAGUACAAGUAAGCGUUUUCAAUGUCGUACAUACUGUGUGCGCCCGCGCCUAUGUGAUCCUCUUCGUGAUCAAAGGCUGUGUCUAGAUUAUCCGAUUAAGCUUUGUUCCAUAAAUAGCCAUAAGUACUUGUAAAAUAUCCUCUACUACUAGAAGCGUAUACUUGAAGAGAUUUAUUUAUGUUUUUACAUAUUUCUUGUAGUUUUAUAUUCUGUCGACUAAUUAGUGAAUAUAAUAUAUAAUAAUCAAUGGUGAAAUAAAAUCGCGAUGUAAGAUUAAUUUCAAAUUUAUUUUAUUAUGCAUUUACUUAGUGUUGUCAUUGCCAUAUUAUAAU